AAUAAACACACGCACACACGCACACACGCACACACACAACGCGCACUAAUCUGAGCUAGUAGCCCUUGCACAACCCUUUCUCUCUCCUCUCUGUUCUCUCAGGCAGACAGUCGCUCGUUCCAGUCCCACCAAUGUCAAGUUUUUUCUAGACUAGUGUUUUGCAACAAUUCUGCCUUAACCAUCUGAGCACACCAGAGACGCAGUCUGUGUGGUGUGAGUUGCUCCAGCCUUACAGAUGGACACACAAGAGGAAAAGAAGAGACUGCAUGGGAGAUGGCAUGUAGUUUUUUUUUGCCAUUUUGCGUUGUUAACUUGUUUCUUGGAUGCAGUCCGAGGACAGAUCCGCUACUCCAUCCCAGAGGAGCUGGAGCAUGGGGCUUUUGUUGGCAACAUUGCAGAGGACCUGGGCUUGGAUUUGGAUAAACUCUCCGCGCGCAGAUUCCGCAUAGUCUCCGGUGCCAAGAAGCAAUACGUGGAGGUGAAUUUAGAAAACGGGGUUCUGUUCGUCAACGAAAGAAUCGAUCGCGAAGAGCUGUGCGAGCAGAGUUUGUCCUGUUCUUUCCACUUGCAAGUGGUCAUAGAGAACCCUCUGGAGCUGUAUAGAGUAGAGAUGGAGAUACUGGAUGUGAACGACAACUCCCCAAGCUUCCCUUGGACGGAGUUUAAUCUGGACAUCUCGGAAUCCGCUGCGCCAGGAUCUCGCUUCCCACUCGAGAGCGCACAGGAUUUGGACGUGGGAUCCAACUCUUUACGCACGUAUUUGCUCAGCGUCAACGAGCAUUUCCUUUUGGACAUACAGACUCGAAGCGAUGGCAGUAAAUUCGCAGAGCUGGUGCUCCAAACCCCGCUGGACAGAGAGCAGCAAAGCGCGCAUCAGAUGGUUUUAACGGCGGUGGACGGAGGCGCGCCAGAGAGAUCCGGCACCGCGCAAAUCGAUAUCACCGUUUUGGACGCGAACGAUAACGCGCCGGUGUUCGAUCAGUCCUUUUACAGAGUGAGGCUCGCGGAAAACGCACCCAAAGGCACGGUUGUCAUAAAGCUCAACGCGUCUGAUUUGGAUGAAGGUCCCAACGCUGACAUCACCUACUCCUUCAGCGGCCACGCGCCCAUCAAAGUGCGCCAGCUCUUCAGCGUGGAUUCGCGCACGGGGGAAAUCAAAGUGAAAGGGGUGAUCGAUUACGAAAAGGCCAGGAUGCAUGAAAUCUACGUCCAGGCUAAAGAUAAAGGUCCAUCAGCUGUGGCGGUGCACUGCAAAGUGCUGGUGAACGUUUUGGAUACGAACGACAACCUGCCAGAUGUGAUCCUCACAUCUGUGUCCACACCUGUGCAGGAGGACGCGCCACCUGGAACGGUCAUAGCCGUCAUCAGCGUCAUGGAUAAAGACUCAGGUGAGAACGGGAACGUGGACUGCGAGAUCCCGCAUCACGUGCCAUUUCAGCUCCACUCCUCCUUUAAGAACUAUUACACUUUAGUAACUUCUGAUUUUCUGGACAGGGAGUUAAUCGCAGAGUACAACAUCACGCUCACAGCCCGAGAUAUGGGCUCCCCACCCUUAUUCACGAGGAAAACUAUUUUGGUCCAAGUGUCCGACGUGAACGAUAAUGCGCCUCGCUUCAAACAGCCGUCCUAUACUGUGUAUCUGACUGAGAAUAACCCACCAGGCGCAUCUAUUUGCUCUGUGAGCGCGCUGGAUCCAGAUUCAGGUCAAAACGCGUACCUGUCCUAUUCUAUACUAUACGGGGACAUCCAAGGGAUGCCCGUGUCCAAGUAUGUCUCCAUAAACUCGGACAAUGGCAACAUUUACGCGCUGCGCUCCUUCGAUCACGAGCAACUUAAAAACUUCCAGAUCACAGUUCAAGCUCAAGACGCUGGGUUUCCUCCUCUGAGCAACAACGCGUCAGUGAACGUCUUUAUUUUGGAUCAAAACGACAACGCGCCUGUCAUUGUGUCCCCGGUUUUUACGCACAACGGCAGCGCAGCAGUGCCCAGAUCGGUUGACGCCGGAUACCUCGUCACCAAAAUCCGCGCAUCGGACGCAGACGCGGGUCAGAACGCGCGUCUUUUUUACCAGAUGCUCCAAGCGACGGAUCCGACUUUGUUCAGCGUGGCUCUGUACACGGGCGAAGUCAGGACGAUGCGCCAGUUGGUGGAGAAAGACCCCGCCAGGCACCGGUUGCUCAUUCUCGUGAAGGACAAUGGUCAGCCGCCGCUCUCGGCCACUGUUUCCAUCAUCCUGUCAGUGGUUGACAGCCUGCCACAUUCGCAGCAGCCCGAUUUGGGUGACCUGCUGUCACUGAGCCCGCAUCAUCCCAGCUCCAACAACUUCGCCCUGUACUUAAUCGUGUCCCUGGGCGCGGUGUCCUUCACAUUCCUAGUGGCUAUCAUCGUCCUGGUUGCGGUGCGGAAAGUGAAGGGCAGAAGAGCGUCCAGCAGCAGCAGAGAGGAGUCCAACUUCUGCUGCUGCUGCUCUCGCUCAGAAGAUAGCUCCUCCACCACCACAGAGGUGUUCAAAAAGUCCAACUUGAACGUCCGGAUGUCCGCAGGCGCGGAGGCGAACAGUAGCGGUGGAGGCGCGCUCCCUCAGGUCUACUGCUACAAGAUGUGUCUGACACCGGAAUCGUCCAAAAGUGACUUCAUGUUCCUCAAGCCGUGCAGUCCGGUGAUGUCAGCAGUGCAGCAGAAUAACGCUAAGAGCACAGAUUACCUCACCUCUGGCUGGAGCGCGCUGGACCGGAAUGAGCUGGCCAACAACAGAGCAGCAACUCCAAACGAGCUUAGGUAUUCCAACCACGACUGGACCUGGACCAAGAACCAACGCAACUCAGCAUAUAAGAGGUAUAGUUCGGCAAACAUGGAGGGCACUCUUACGCGUCAACAAAAAUACGACGCCCAUGGGUUCUCCUGCUCUGUGGCGCCACAGUACUGGACCUGGGGAAACCAUAUGAAUGACUGCAAGCUUUCUCUUCAAGAGGGAGCGGUUCCUCACUACUCGUGGACCCCAAAGUACACUCAGCCUCAUUCUGAACCGCCAGACUACCAGCACAACGUGUACAUACCGGGCACCACUUCUGACUACAGCACUAUGAAGCUGGCUCCCAGAGGAGAGCUGGAUGUCUACAACACUUUCUCUACUUUCGGAAAGAAAAAGAGAUUCAUCUCAAACUAUGAACAAUCUUAUGACAACGAUGACAGUCUCAUCGUAAGUAAUGACAUCUUUAAGUGAGAACUGGACUGUAUAUUCUGUGUAUAUAUGAUAUAUAUGCCAUCAACUAGUUCCAUUAACAUCUAUAAAUUGAUUAUUGGAGGCUGACAGACUAUGUUUCUCCUAAUACAGUGGAAUUUAAUACCAUUCCUUACCACAAGUAUAUUUUUUAUUUUUGUAAAUACUGAAAUAAAGUAUAAAUAAAGUCUAUUUUGAGUCAUGGUGGGGACUUUUCCAUCAUGUAGUUGUGCUCUAGUUUAAAGGCAGUCAACAAAGUGGAGAGAAGACUUUUCUUUUCCAGCAUCAGUGAGCUCAGGUAAAUGUGAUUUCAUCUGUUUGGUAACAGUGAAUGUCUAACUUCAAAAAAUGUUCAACAGCUUUAUUACACAAGGGUUGUCCAUGUACCACUCACUUACCUUUUUGUCUCAUAGGAACACAUGCUCUGUGUCAAAGUUGUGAACCAACUAACUGUAAUAGCCUUGUUAUACCUCAUAGUCUUUAAAGUAGAGGUUUCUAUCUAAAGCUAACAUAUUUAAGCUGUUUUUUUUUAUCACACAGUUACAGUUGUCUUUCAUCCAUUCACGCCUGGUGCGUUUAGAGACAGGUCAUUUGUUCACAAGUCUAUUGAGUCUGAAUCUAGUCCAGGAGCAAUGCAAACAGAUGUUAAAGGUGAUAAAUUAGAAAACAGAUUGAAUUUCAAUAAUUGCAGACUCAAAGUCUCGCCAUUUCACCCUCCUUUAGACUGUUGUCAGGCUAUUAAAUAGGCAUUAUCAGUCGUUAUAAGCCCCAUAGAUCCAUAGAUGUGGGUCAAUAGGGGCCUACUACACCCACUAGUAGGUUUUAUCAUCUAUUCACAUGGUAUACCUUAUGAGAGAAGGUAUAAAAGAACAUGACAGCAUUCUCUAGUAACUGUAGUAAUUAUGACAGGAGCAGAAACGGAAGUAAGGCACUGUAAUAUAGACAGACACAGGGUUUUCAUCCAGGAGACCGGAGUUCGCAUCCCGUGUGAAACCAACAAUGUGUAGUUGUCUUUGUGUUCGUAGUUAUUUUAACCCAAAACACAAUGUUUUUCCCUAAACUUAACCAAGUUUUUUUUUGCCUAAACCUAAAUAAGUUAUAUUUUGUUGCUGAAACCUAACUUUUCUUUUGCCAUCUAUGGUGCUUAUAUAGCGACUGAUAAUGCCUAUUUAAUGGCCUGAUAACAGUUGAAUCGGGUGGGAUUUCAACUAAACUUACUAUGCACAUCCAGGUCUCAGUGAGUUUAAUCAGGAUUGAGAGUUUUGCAAAGACUUUUUGAUUGAUGUUUUUUGAUCUAUCUUUGAUCUAUCUUUCUCAUUUGUGAUUGAACUGUGUAACUCCCGCAAUGCAGGAGCACAUUGUGUUGUGUAUAUGUGUUUCAAAUGUCAAAUCAAUUGGACUCACGGUGUGAGGGGACCGGCCUUUCGAAGUUCUCAUUUUUUUUAAUUCAGUCACUGGUUACAUGCAUUCCAGAUCUGUAUUUAUUAUUGAGUGUGAUUUGUGUAUCUACAUAUGAUUACACAGUUAUGCUUAUUAGGACUCUGUAUAUAGUCUAUGUACAUAACUAUUCUGUAUAUUAAUAUCAAUAAAGCUGUCCUCAACUCUGUAGUUGUUGUUUUUUGACAGAACAGCCAUACUUUUAUUCCUGUCAUUGGUGGAUGAACCAAUUAUGUGGCUCUGAAAUAACUGCUGGAGUAAUUUAUAUAUAAGUAUAACCUAAUAACUUAAUUCUAGGUCAAAGUUAACGCAAAUUCAUUUUAACUCCACUAA